AUGGUUUUACUCAUUUGGGAGUGGAAGUUAUCCCGGAACCCCAGAGUUGACCUGAAGUCCCUGAAGAGACUGUUCACAAUCAGAUAUACUCAGUUACCUCUUUCACUUUUUCAGAGAGAUGAGAAUUACCAAGCAAAGAUAUCUCCAGCUUCACCUCAAGGAGAACUCAAAAAGAGAUCAGCUUUUGAAGAUCUCACAAAUGCAUCUCAAAGUCAGCCUACUCAGCCCAAGAAAGAAGCCAGUAAGGAAUUUAUAAAAGAUACUUCCAAGAACAUAAACAAGGAUACACUUGUUUUCCAGUUGGUCAAAAAUAAUAAAACAAAUGCAUCUCAAAGUCAGCCUACUCAGCCCAAGAAAGAAGCCAGUAAGGAAUUUAUAAAAGAUACUUCCAAGAACAUAAACAAGGAUACACUUGUUUUCCAGUUGGUCAAAAAUAAUAAAACAAAUGUAAAAACAUAUAAACUGAAAUUCUCACCAACAGUAGCCUCUACCACCUUGGUACUAAAAAAUAGGAGGAGACCUCUCAUUAAGGAGAUAUCCACAAUCUCUCACACACCCAUCACUAAGGAGACAUCUCUCUUUAAAAAGCCAGUAGUUUUAAAGGAGGAAUCCACUAGUGAGGAGACCGCCCUCAUUAAAAAGUCAUUAUCUUUAAAGAAUUACAGAAGUCAUGUGGAAGUGUCUCUAUCAGAGAAGCCUCUAACCUUGCUGGAGGAGAUUGAUGAUGAUAAGUUUAUCAUAGAGCCAAUGACUUUUAGAAAAAAGCCUAAAACUGAGGAGGCAGCCAUCACCAAGGGGACAUUAUCGUUAAAGAAGAAGAUAUGCACACAUCAGAGAAAACAGUCAUGCUGGGAGGAAUUAUCAGCCUUGCAAGACAUCAGUGCUGCAGAGGAUUCUUCUUUCAUGGACUCAGUGAAUUUUAGGAAGAAGUCUAAAACUGCGGCCUCAACUCCCACCAAGGAGCCAUUAUCCUCAAAGAAGAAGUGUACCACUAAUAGGAAAAAAUCCCGUUUCAAGAAACCACUAGUCUUGCAGACGGUCACUCCUGAAGAGAGGUCACUUCCUAAGGAGCCAUUGUCCUUUAAGAGGAAGUCAGUUGCUGAGAAGUCCCUUUUCCAAGAAUCAUCAAUAUUGCAAGAAAAGCAUACCACUGAACAGGAGGUGUCCAUCUCAAACAAAUCAUUGGCUUGGAAGGAGGAGAUCGACUUUGAAGAGGACUCUCUCUUUAAGGAGUCAUUAGCUUUUAAAAAGAAGCCUACCACUGAGGAGGCCACCUUUACUAUGAAGCCAUUAUUUUUAAAGAAGAACAUGACACAGGGGAAGAAGUCCCACUUUAAGAAACCAUUAGUAUUGCAGAAUAUCACCUCUGGAGGGAAGUUGCUGACUACAAAGUCUUUGUCCUUUGAAAAGAAGCCUACCACUGAGGAGGAGUCUUUUUUUCAGGAACCAUCUAUAUUGCAGGAGAAACAUACCACUCAAGGGGAGGUAGGCCUCUUGAAAAAGCCUUGGGAAUUUCAGGAGAAAAUUGACAGUGAAGAUAACUUUAUUAUGGAGCUAGUUUCCUUUAGGGAGAUGCAUACUACCAUAGAGGAAACCCCCAUGAAGAAAUCAUUACCUUUAGAUAAGAAGUGUACCACUCAGGGGAAGAUGUGCCACUUGAAGAAGCCACUGGUAUUACAGAAGGACAACUCUGGAGAGAAAUCACUCAUUAAGGAGCCAUUGCCCUUUAAGAUGAAGACUACCACUGAGAAUGAGUCCCUUUUCCAGGAGUCAUCUGUAUUGCAAGAGAAACACACCAUUCAGGAAGAAGUGUCCAUCUUGAAGUCCUUCUCCUUACAAAAUUCUCCUACUGUGAAGGAGUCACUUUUUAAGGAGGCUUUGACUAUUAAGAAGAAAUAUAUCAUUGAGGAGACAACCUCCACCAAGAAGUCUUUCCCUUUAAAUAAGCACACCACUCAAGGAGUAAUGUCUCACUUGAAGAAUCCACUAGUAUUGCAGAAGACCACCUCUGGAGAAAAGUCAUUAAUUAAAGACCCAUUGUCCUUUAAAGAAGAAAAAGUGUCUGUAAGGAAGAAAAAGUGUACCACUGAAGUGGUAAUGUCCACCUGGCCAGAACUAUUGGACUUUCAGGAUAUGAUUGGCAAAGAUCAAGAUUCCUCCUUUAUGGAACCAGUGUCAUUUAGGGAGAAGCUUACAACUGAGAAGACAGUUCUUACCAAUACACCAUUAUCUUUAGAAAAGCAAGUCACUCAGGAGAUGUUUCUCUUAAAGAAGCCACUGGUAUUACAGAAGACCACCUCUGAAGAGGAGUUACUCUAUAAGAAGCUGUUGCCUUUUAAGAAGAAGCAUACAACUGAAGAGGUGUUACUUUCCCAGGAGUCAUCUAUACUGAAAGAGAAGCAUACCACUCGGCAGGAGGUGCCCUCAAAGAAGCCACUGUCUUUGCAGGAGAUGACCACUACUAAAGAAGAAUCAUUUAUUAAGGAACCACUGAGCUUGAAGGAGAAACCUACCUCUGAGGAGGAAAUCCUUUUUCAGGAACUGCUUUCAUUGUAUUUUAAGCCUAUCAAAAAAGGUGAAUCCCUAUUUCAGAACACUUUACUCUUACAAGAGAAAACCAAUACCAAAAAGGACUCCUUGAAGAUGUUGGACUUGCAGGAGAAAAGCAGCACCGAAGAGGACACCCUUUUCAAGAAGCUAUUGGUUUUGAAGAAAGAACCCUCUAUUGAGGCAGCAACAUGCCUAGAGGGACAAUUAUCUUUAAAUAAGAAGGCUACUGCUCAGGAGGAGGUGUUCCAAUUGAAAAAGUUGGCCUUGUAUGAAAGCAUCACUGAUGAUGGAGAGUCUCUUGUUAAGGGGCCACUGGCCUUACAGGAGUAUCCCAACACUGAGAAAGAGACCCUCUUCAAUGAGCCCUUGGGCUUGUGGGAGAACCCUGUAAUUGAGGAGGAGGUCACCCUAAAGGAAUCCUCGGCUUUGCAGGAGAAGCUCAGCAUUGACAAGGAAACUCUCUUCCACAAGCCCUUGGCUCUGCAGGAAAAGCCCAUGGUUGAGGAGGCUACCCAGAAGGAACCCUUGGCCUUGCAGGAAAAGCCCAGCAUUGAGAAGGAAACUAUCUUCAACAAGCCUUUGGUCACGCAAGAGAGGUCCAUAGCUGAAGAGAACACCCUGAAAGAAUCCUUGGCCUUGCAGGAGAAGCCUAACAUUGAGAAGGAGACCUUCUUCAAAGAGCACUUGGCCUUGCAAGAGAAGCCCAGCAUUGAGGAGGAAACCCUCUUCAACAAACCCUUGGCUUUGCAAGAGAAGUCCAUAUUUGAGGAGGCCAUCCUAAAGGAAUCAUUGGCCUUGCAGAAAAAGCCCAACAUUGAGAAGGAGACCUUCUUUAAGGAAUACUUGGCUUUGCAGGAGGAGCCCAUAAUUGAGAAGAAAACCCUCUUCCACAAGCCUUUGACCUUGCAAGAGAGGCCCCUAGUUGAGGAGGCCACACUGGAAGAACCCUUGGCCUUGGAGGAAAAGCCCAACAGUAAGAAGGAGACCUUUCUCAGGGAACACCUGGCCUUGCAGGAGAAGCCUAGCAUUGAGAAGGAAACCCUUUCUAGUAAGCCCUUGGCCUUUCCAGAGAAGUCCAUAGUUGAGGAAGCCACUCUGAAGGAACCCUUGGUCUUGGAGGAAAAGCCUAACAUUGAGAAGGAGACCAUCUUUAAGGAAUAUUUGCCCUUGCAACAGAAGCCCAGUGUUAACGAUAGCCUCUUCAUUGACCUCUUUGCCCUACAGAAGCCCCCCAUUGAAAAGGAAACUCUCUUUAAUAAGCCCUUGGGCUUACAAGAGAAGCUCAUAGUUGAGGGGGCCACCCUUAAAGAACACUUGGCCUUGCAGGAAAAGCCCAGCAUUGAGAAUGAGACCCUGUUCAGUGGUACUUUGGCCUUGCAGGAGAAGCAUACAGUUGAGAAUGUGGCCACCCUGAACAAACCCUUAACCUUGCAAGAGAAACCCAUAGUUGAAGAAGCCACCCUGAAGGAACCCUUGGCCUUGCAGGAGAAGCCCAACAUUGAGAAGGAAGCCCUCUUCAAGGAGCCAUUAGCCUUGCAGGAGAAGCCUACCAUCAAUGAGUCAUGUCUUUUCAGGCACAUACUAGGUUCAAAUGAGAAACCCACCACUGAGAUGGAGUUGUCUUCCACAGAACCCUUGGCCUUCGAAGAGAAUCUUACCUGCAAGGAAAAUGGCUUUCUCAAAACAUCCUUAAUAUUCCCAAUUAAGACCAGCCCACAUGUGUCUAUCACUACUCCUGAAUUCAGGGUAGGAAAGUCCAGUGCUGCCACCAUGUCCAGUGUGAGCGAGUCCAAUACUGCCAGUGAUUUUAGCAUAUGUGAAUCUGGUUCAAGUGGACUUUUCUCACCUCAGGGCAAGAGAACACAAAAGAAGCAGGUGAUCCCCCUGGAAGAUAUUGAUAAUGACCACAGUGAUCCAUUUCUCAAUUCAGUAUAUGCCAAGGAUAUCUUCAGUUACAUGAAGCAAAGAGAGGAAAAGUUCAUACUUACAGACUACAUGAACAGACAGACUGAUAUUAGCAGUGGAAUGAGGGCCAUUCUUGUGGACUGGUUGGUGGAGGUACAGAUGUCCUUUGAAACGAGUCAUGAAACCCUGUACUUGGCAGUAAAGUUGGUGGAUCACUACCUGAUGGAGAGAGUAUGCAAGAGGGACAAGCUACAACUCAUUGGUUCCACUGCCUUUCUGAUUGCAGCAAAAUUUGAGGAGCACUGCCCACCUUGUAUGGAUGACUUCCUCUACAUCUGUGAUGAUAUUUAUCAGCGAGAUGAGAUGCUUGCCAUGGAAAUCAGCAUCCUGCACACCCUCCAGUUUGACAUCAACAUUCCCACCGCCUAUCAUUUUCUGCGUAGAUAUGCUAGGUGUGUCCAUGCCAGCAUGAAGACACUAACUUUGUCCCGCUUCAUCUGUGAGAUGACUCUGCAGGAAUAUGACUAUAUCCAGGAGAGGGCUUCCAAGCUAGCUGCGAGCUCCUUCCUCCUGGCCUUGUACAUGAAGAAUCUUGGACACUGGGCUCUAACCCUGGAGUAUUACAGUGGCUAAAAAACUUCUGAGCUACACCCGCUGGUCAGGCAGCUGAACAUUCUGCUGACUUUGCAUUAUUCCAAUAGGCUCAAGACUGUACAUUCCAAGUAUUCUCAUCAGGUCUUCUUUGAAGUCACCAAAAUCCCCCCCUUGGACACAUUAAAGCUGGAGGAGAUUUUGAACUGUUGAUUAUGAGGCUGAGAGCCUGGCACUCUGGCAGCAGCCGCCAGGGUCAGGCAGGCAUGUUAAUAGGCUAUAUUUAUUCUGUGCUUGCAUUUGUCUUUUGAAUACUUGUCUUAGUUUAUCCUUUCUUUGCUUGUUUUUCCCAAACUGAUUAUGUUGUAAAUAUUUAAGUUUUUAUG